CUUCGCUCACCAUCAAUAAACAGGAACAACUUCUGGUGCAUCUGUCAGUCCUGGGGUCUGCUCCAACUGUCCGCACUCCGCAAUCCUUCUCGCCAUGGCUAUACCUAAUGCUGUUUAGCUGAUCAUCUCUCCAUGCAAGAACCAAGCUGGGAGGUGAUGACCAUUGUUUCCGUACCCUGUCUGAAUUUUCGUUUCUGAAGUAUUCAGGAAAGGGAGGUGAUGGCUGGUGUCCUCUCUUCCCUUCCUCAACCAACGAACUCAGAUGUGAGAAAGAGAGACAGAAAGAGACAUGGACUAGAGAACAAGAAGACUGAGGAGUGGGGCGAGAAGAGAAGGACAAGAAAGGCUUGAGUUCUAAAUCUUUCUUAUUCCUCCUGAUUUCGGCUAAUUCAUUACUAGCUCUGAGGAAUAAAGGUAAGGAAGGAAGGAUGAGCGAGAAGGAGUCGCGUGCUGUGGACUCCUUUUCGGAACUACCUUUCAUUCGGCCGGCGCCCAAGCUCGCCUCCUCCGGCAUCCGCCUCUUCGGCAUCCAAGUCCCUCGCCCACCCUCCCCUGAAGAAGGCAGCGAGGAUGCAUCUGCAGCGGCGCUGGCCACCAGCAAAGGUGGAGGAGAGAGUAGCGGCAGUAGUGGCGGAACAGCCGCCAGGAAGUUCGAGUGCCACUACUGUUGCCGCCAAUUCCCGACGUCGCAAGCGCUCGGCGGUCACCAGAAUGCCCACAAGCGGGAGCGCCAGCACGCGAAGCGCGUGAAUCUCCAUUCCGCCGUUCUGGCUGCCGCCUACCAGAACCAGGCCGCCGCUUUCUACGGCGGCCACGGCCACCAUCUCUACGGCGGCCACGGCCACCAUCUCUACGGCGCCUUCUUCAACUCCCCGACCGGACGCUUCGCCCUAGAUUCCUCCGUCGCCGGUCCGAGGCACUACACUCCCUCGUGGCAUACAGCCGCCAGUAGCUUCUCCAGCCGUCGCACGGUGUCUGAGUCGGUGGCGCACCCCAGCGACGGACAGUCGCCGGGAGUAUGGAGGAUUCCGGCCUCCUUAGGGUUGAUCCAUUGCGACUCCAGGGAGAAAACUUUACCCACUCUAAGAAGAGAUCACCAGCAAUUAAUCACGGGAGUUGGCGGAGCCCCCGGCGACGACAGCACUUUUCCUUGUGCUAACGCUUCUCCUUCAGCCGACCAAUUUGUGCAGCAAACGAUGCCCAGUGUGAAGGAGAAGGUAAGUCUGGAUUUGCACCUCUGAUGAUCAAUUACCAUAAAUAUUGUUGUAGCUUGCCGAAUGAUCAUACAAUUAAUCUUCUUCUCGUCUAUGAUCUUCACUACGUGUAUUUGUUUUCUAAAAAUUUAUUUUAUAUUUUUAAUUUAAGACCUUGUUAUCAGAAACCCCACUCAUCUUACAAGAAGGGGUAUAGUUUCUU